GCAGCAGCGAGUGGGAGAGGAGGCACUGCCGCCUGCCCCGCAGGCUGACCCCGCUCCCAGCCGCAGCCGAGCAUCCCUGCCUCGGCAAGCUCGGCCAAGCGGGAAGCCAGGCAGUGACGAACCCGUCCGCUGGCAUUUGGAGAAAGACUGCCUCUUUCACCUACAGCUACCUCCUUGUUCCACCAUACAGGCUGCUGUGGAUUCCUCCUCGUCCACCUGCAUCUGCUGAGUCUGUGCUCUGGGGUUUAAGUACUGUGUCCAGUAGGUAAAGCCGAGUGAUAUAAUUCGCUGAGUAAAAGGAGGAGACUCUUGGCAGCUUGGCACCAGUACUAAUGAAGCCAAUAGCCUUCCCUGCUCUCUCCUUUUGGCCGGCUCUCAUUUUGGCUGGCUUCCUUGGCAUACACAUCACUGGCAGUUUUGUGAGAAGUCAGAAGAACCAUACGCUAAUUUUCACCAAGGAAAACACAAUUCGCAACUGCAGCUGCUCGGCAGAUAUCCGUGAUUGUGAUUACUGCCUGGCAAACUUGAUGUGCAAUUGCAAAACCGUGCUGCCUUCUACCAUGGAAAAAACUACCUACAAUAGCCACCUGACCAUUUGGUUCACAGACACCUCCGUGCUGGAGAUGCUUCUCAACUUCACAAGGGUGUGGGAUCUGAAGCUGUCCUUCUGUGGCACUGCUCCUCUCCCAACAGAAUACUUGGCCAUUUGGGGACUUCGAAAGCUCCGGGUAAAAAAAGUCAAGGGACGAUUUCCAGAGCAGAGUGUCACCAUCUACAGCAGCAGCAGCAAUGAAAAAGAAAACUCGCUUGCGGUGCACAACAAAGACAGGCAAAUGCUUGUAUAUAUUUCUUUUCUGGAUACCUCGCUUUUCAAUGGAUAUUCUUUGCUGAAGUCAUACAGUGUGGAAAACGUCUCUAGUAUCACGGAGCAUUUCCCCAGCCUGCUGUACUCCGAUGUUUUCUCAACAUCAGAUAACAAGAGCUAUGUUGUAACAUUCAUUUACUGAGUUAUUUAAUAGUCAGUAAAGUAGUCAGAGGCACAGCAAACUGCUAAGAGAGAGAUGGGACUUCUUCAAGUUUGUUUGGUUUGGCCAGGAGGAGCUGUUAUGGGAUGGACAGUUCUGACUGUGAUAGCACUCUACAAGGAGGUGUUUAAAGUAAGACAGACUCAUCAGGCUAAUUCAGUAAAUGCUUUCUUAAAGAACAAAGAAAAUGUGAAAUGACUGUUUUAGAAAGCAUGGGUACAGAUUCUUUUUAUAUAUUGUAAGCUAGAGAAUUGAGAUCUGCACAUAAAUUUUGUUUUAAGGUUGUGCCUCAGACAGAAGAAGACAUAACCAUGUAUGUCCAGCUGUAGAAGAACCUGAGCCUCCCAGAGAAUCACUCAGGUUAGAUGGCAGCUCGGGAAGUCUCCAGUCCAACCCCCUGCCCAAGCAGGGCCACCUCUGGGAUCAGACCAGGCUGCUCAGGGUUUUCUGCGGUCGGGUCGCGAAAACCCUCAAGCACAGAGCCUGCACAACCUCAUUGGGCAACCUGCUCCACUGCCUGCUUGUCCUCAUGGGGAAACUUUUUUCCAUGUAUUAACCCCAGUCUUACCUUCUCCAGGCUCAGCAAGCCCAGUUCUGUCACACUUUUCUCACCCUCACAUGCCCCAGCCCCUGACCAUCUUUGUGGUUCUCCACUGGACCACUUCAGCUGAUCCAUAUCCUUCUUGCACUGCGGGGGGCCAAAACUGCAUGCAGUACUCUGUAUGCAGUCUAGUAAGUGCCAGGACAAGGGGAAUAAUCCCUUCCCUCCAUCUACUGUCUGUUGCCCCUGUCAGUACAGCCCAUUGCUGUCAGGUUCAAGAGGUGCAAGGUGGUUACAGGUUACUCAAACUGGGAGUGCUGAGUUGUCCUUGCCCUUGGCACUUGGUCAGAGCUGGGAACCCUCUGCUUGGGCUGGGUGACACAGCCUCUUACGAAAGCAGGCACAGGCUAUGCAGGCAGCCUCCAACCUCAGCGUGCAACUGAAGGUGUGUUUGGGGGAUGACCAGGAAGGUGUGUUCUCUGCCAAGCCACAGCACACAUCAUGGGAAAGUACCAGCCAAGAGGCCACCUGACAAGUGAGACACCACGCUCACAAAGGUGUUUUUCCCAGGGAAAGGCCUGUCUCUUGCACGUUAGGUGUGCCGAUGCCUGCAAUUUCCCCAAAUGCCAGGAACUUGACUUCAUCUUUUGUAAUAAUGGCAAGCUCUACUCGUGUUCUCCCCUAUGAGAAAGAAGAAAGACCCCAUCCAAUGACUCUUGUCUCAUAAGGGAGGCUAGGCUUCUGCCUAGCGUUGCGGGAGAAAGAUUGUUAUCCCCUGAAAAACAUAUGUCAGGACUAUUUAUAUAGCCCAGAGUCUGCUCCUUGCCCAUGUCUGCAGGAUUUGCAUUCUAUGAGAUACGAUUCAACCCAGGAUCCGUCCACAUAGUACAAUAAAGGCUUUGGAAUAGCAGCUCCUAACAGUCUUGCAUUGUCAGCGGAGGAUUACAUGAAACUGGGAUAAAAUAUGUGUGCUGAGGGGAAUGGCUAUCAAGAUUCUAAGGAACCAACGAAUUUACUUCAACAACUUUAAAGAAAGACUUUUUCUGUAACUGUAAUCAAUGAUGGAGCAGUUUUGCUACGAAGCAAAACUUAAUUUUUCAGAAUACUUAAAUCCAUGCACACCUUCCAUUACUGUGAGCUUCCCACUGAAAUCAACAAUGCAGUAACUAUUGAAUUAAUGGAGUCUAUUUGCAAUUGCAAAUUAAUAGAUUUAAGCCCACAGGUGUUUGAAGGCUGGGGAUUGAACUGGAUUUAACUCAACCAGAGAACUAUUAAAUCAGCUGUUGUAAAGACAUCAUUUCCUUUGUCAGCACUUUGGCAAUAAAACAUAAACCUUC